AUGGUCUGCUGGCCACAGACGAGACCACCUCCUCUUCAUGCAGUGCACACGCCACCCCGUCGCCAAGCCGGCCUGGCCUCGGACCAGCCAAGCCCAGCGUUGGUGAGACAAGCCGAUUGA